AUGACGUACGACAAGCUGGUCCAGUACUUCGAGAGGGGCGCCAGCGGCGGGGGCAUCGAACUACUCCAAGAGUUCGCCACGAUCCGACGCAGCGACUACCCCGGGAUGGUGGCCUUCCUAACACGCGUCCAACACCUCCACCACUGUGGUGACCGCUGGGCAGGGCCCCUGACGAUGUGGAUCGUAACUACCAAUGGCAGUGGGACGGCUAUCCGUACCCACAGUUACAUCAGCGAGUGCGGCGUAUCUGACACGGCCUACCUGUGGCUCGCGCUGAAGGGCAUCGAGACCGAGUACCCCGAGGUGUAUAGCCUGCGUGUCACGGAACUCAACAACGGGGUUCUGAGCUGGGAGGGCCUGAUGUCCACGUUCCGACAGCUGGUGGCCUUAGAGGUCGGGCAACCCGCUGCGAUGUCGCUCGCCUCGUGGCAGCCGGCGGCGAGUCUCGCUGAACCUUCGCGGGCUAAACGGCCUUGGACGUGGCAGGCUACGGGGACCCCGGUGGUAGGGAGGAGUUUCCCGUGGCGCUGGAUUUGA